AUGGCGGACAACCGCCCCGCUGAGCCAACUCCUGGCCCCAAAGCGGAUAUCAUGGAUGAACCCACCACCACACACGCUGAAUCCAGCGUAAGCGGCAGCAAAUGGAAGUCUGCCAAAUCCAAGGAUGGCGAUACUGCUAUGGCACUUUUCGACGAUCCAGACGAACUGCACGAAGAAGUUGACCCAGAGGAAGCACGGAAAAUAUUAUGGAAGAUUGAUUUCAUGAUAUUGCCAUACUUAGCUGUGUGCUAUGCUUUCUUCUACAUUGACAAGACCACCUUGAGCUAUGCAGCGAUCUUCGGUAUUGAAGAGGAUCUCAAUCUACAUGGAACUCAGUAUAACUGGCUUAGCAGUAUCUUUUAUUUCGGGUUCCUGGCUUGGGCAUUCCCCACCAAUUUUCUGAUGCAGCGACUUCCGAUCGGAAAAUACCUGGGAGUGAAUAUUUUCAUGUGGGGUGUUUUCCUCAUGAUACAAGCAGCAUGCAACAGCUUCAGAACUCUCGCCGUCCUUCGAGCCCUCGGUGGAGCCGCGGAAGCAUGUUCUGAUCCAGCAUUCAUGCUUAUCACCAGCAUGUGGUAUACCCGCCGUGAGCAGCCUGUACGAAUCGGGUUAUGGUAUACGGCUAAUGGUAUCGGAAUCGCACUCGGUGGUCUACUGGGUUACGGUAUUGGUCAUAUUCGAGGGGCCUUGCCCUCCUGGAAAUACGAAUUUCUUAUAAUUGGAGCCCUUUGCGCUACGUGGGGUAUCAUCAUGUUCAUAUUCCUUCCAGACUCCCCUGUCAACGCUCCAGGGCUCAGCAAACGGGAACGACGAAUCGCGGUUGAGCGCAUCAGAGAGAACCAGACUGGCGUGGAGAACAAACAUUUGAAACCAUAUCAGAUUCUUGAAGCUUUCAUGGAUUAUAAGCUCUAUAUGUUUUUCAUUCUGGGUGUCGUUUGUAAUAUUCCCAACGGCGGUAUCUCAAAUUUCGGUACCAUCAUUAUCAGAGGCUUUGGUUACUCAACCUUAAUUACGACCAUUUUGCAGAUCCCCUACGGAAUUCUCAUAGCCCUUUCCAUUUUGGCCUGUGUAUUCCUGAAUGACCGGUUCGAGAACCGACGCUGCGUGUUUGUUUUGAUCUUCUUGAUUCCGAAUCUGGCCGGUGCCUUCGGUUUACGCUUUGUGCCAAUAGAUCAGCAUGUCGGUCGGCUCAUCUGCUACUAUCUGACCGGGCCGUACAAUGCCGCAUUUGUGCUCGUUCUGAGCAUGCAGAUUGCGAAUACAGCAGGUCACACCAAGAAAGUUGUCACUAAUGCGGUUCUGUUCCUCGGAUACUGCACUGGUAACAUUGCAGGUCCAUUUUUCUACAAGACGGAUCAGUCGCCAACGUACACGCUAGGAAUUUGGUCUAUGAUUGUUUCCCAUCUGAUCGAGGCUUGCCUUAUCACCACGCUCGGCCUCCUCCUCCGCUGGGAAAAUAAGAAGCGUGAUCGUAUCCAGUCCCGGAUGGAAGGAGGCCUUGAAGGCAGAGAUUUAGACGCUACUGCCUUUUUGGAUUUGACAGAUCGCGAAAAUUUGAAUUUCCGGUAUAUCUAUUGA